UUUUACUACAAAAAUGAGCAACCCAAAUGAACUUUUGAGCAAAAUGCAUCAGCCCAACUCUGAAUGGUGCAAGAAAAUCUUGAAUGGAAGGUCACAGACAGGCAAUUGGUUCUCUCCCAAUAGAGAUGCCUCAAGACUCUCGUCUACAAGGAGCACGGGUAGUUCAGAUUCAAGCUGAUCAGAACUAUCAGAUUCUAAACUUCAAGAACCAGUCUUGUUCAGUAUAGGAAUUACUGGAGUAAAAAUCAUAGAUAAAUCUACAGCCAAAGUAUAUGUAGAUCAGCCUGGAUGUCGCUCUUCUUUACAAAAGAGCCCAGCUGGUCGGAAGAGACUUGGAAAGAUGAACAGGAAACGAAUGAUGAGUCUCCAGAAAUCCGUAGCUUCCCAAACUUAUUCGGGAGAUAUACAAGAAACUGAUGCAAAAACAGAAACCGUUUGAUGUAAUGAAUUUCCAAUUUACAUCCCUGAAAGGGUUCAUUUGGAGAACACCGAGACCAAGAAAAAGAGAGUAAGGAGUAAAAUAAGAACCAGAAUAUUGAAGGACAGAGGAAUGCUAGAUAGAAGCUGACAUUUUAAGUUUAAAUCAAAGAAGAAGUCAUCUCCCUAUGAUGCUAAUAGCUCUUUGUCAACUUCCUCAUCAAGAGCGAUUUAUAAAGAAGUUGGAUAUACAGAUGAUUCCAAAGCAGUCUCUGAAACUCAGAAGAACUUGAGGUACCAAAGAAGGAGACUGAAGAUAUCACAGCUCAAGAUGCAUCAUGGGAAACCGAAACUUCUGCCUCUUACUGGGUUUAGAGUCCCUACUCUGAGUAAAAAUCUUGAGAAGUCUCACUUAAGAACUCCACAAAGGACUUCUAUGAAACUUUAUAGUUUGAAAUCGCCAAAAUCAUUUAAAGUGAACAAGGGUUGCUACUACAUUUCUGGCAAAGGUCAGCAAUGAAAGUCUAAGUUGAAUUCAUUGGGAGCCAGACAGAAAUCUCUUGAAAUCAAAGGUAAAAUCACCUAUCUUCCCAUCCCACACCAGUCAUUCCCCACUCAGAACCUGCCAAAUCCAUCCAAAAUCACUCUUCCGGCGUCACAGACACCCAAAACUCCAUUCUCCGUGCCAAAAACUCCCUCAAAACAAACACUCCUCUCUCUCCUAGUUAAAAACCAUUAUCCUAACUUCCCAAACUAUACUCCACCAAAACAGCAUCUACAGCUAUAAUUGCAUCUCUUUAGCAACCAAUAAGCGUAAAAUUCAA